GACAGUUGAAGAUCUACACAUUUUGAACCUAAAUAAAUUCCAUCGGUGCUUGAAUUCUUCGGCAUUAUAGCAACUCUGUUCCAUCAUUUUACUUACCAAGGUAGUGUUUACGGAACUCUGAUCAGUUGGACUCGUGGGAUCGAUUUGGAUUCAGCUCAAUUUUAUGACUUAGGUCUACAUUGAUACUACAUAGAGCCAAUCUUACUGGGGAGGCUCUAUCCAUGUGGUAGUUCUUUUUGGUGAUAUCGAUCAAUCAUGGGAAUUGGGGUUUAAAUGGCUCUGACCACAAUUCGGGAACAAAAUGGUAGAGAGUGAUUUAAACACAGGAAAAACUGCUAAUAAUGAAAGACUUGGUUUCCAAAGGGAUCCUUCGUUCUCUGGAUGGUGUGACAAAGAUGGUAUAUACAGUCCAAUUGGUCUACAAGAGGAUGAUACUGUGAAUACAUCUGAACAGGACGAUAAUUUUGAAUUGCCAGUGCUUCAAGAAGUUGGGUUAAGGAGUGAGCAUCAAGCGGGUGGUAAAGGCCAACAUAGUCAGUCUCAGUUGCAUGGCAGUGACAAGACGGACAUGGUAUCUACUCCUAGCCCCAGAAGAGGAAAUAAAAAUGAGAAUCAUGCUUCUUUUGAUAUUGAAUAUGCUUAUGAUAGAGAGCUAGAUUCCCCAAAUACCAAUUUUGCUUACAAACAUGAAGCUGUUCGAUCAAGCUCCAAUAGUCCCUUUGCCAUUUCUGAUAUACUCAAGACAUUGUUUUUCAUACUUAUGUGGUACAUUUUCAGUACAUCAUUGACCUUGUAUAAUAAGACUCUACUGGGAGAUGAUAUGGGAAGAUUCCCUGCUCCCUUAUUGAUGAAUACAGUUCAUUUUACAAUGCAAGCUGUUCUAUCUAGGGGCAUCACAUACUUUUGGUCUCAAAGAUCUGAACCUACCAUAGCUAUGUCGUGGAAGGACUACUUUAUGAGAGUUGUACCCAUGUCUCUUGCGACAGCACUGGAUGUCAACUUGAGCAACGCAUCCCUUGUUUUUAUAUCUGUUUCAUUUGCCACCAUGUGCAAGUCUGCAUCUCCUAUAUUUCUCUUAAUAUUUGCUUUUGCAUUCAGGUUGGAGACUCCGAGUGUCAAACUUUUAGGCAUUAUUUUGAUAAUAUCUUUUGGCAUUUUAUUAACAGUUGCAAAAGAGACUGCAUUUGAAUUUUGGGGUUUCAUAUUUGUCAUGCUUGCUGCUGUAAUGUCGGGUUUCCGUUGGAGCAUGACUCAGAUCCUUCUUCAGAAAGAAGUCUAUGGUUUGAAAAAUCCUCUGAAGCUAAUGAGCUAUGUAGCUCCAGUAAUGGCCGUGGCAACAGCUUUGUUCUCGCUCAUUAUGGAUCCCUGGGAUGAAUUCAGAAAGAGUAGUUAUUUCGAUAGCUCAUGGCAUAUAACCCGGAGUGGCCUCCUGAUGCUUUUGGGAGGAACUCUCGCAUUUUUUAUGGUGUUGACAGAGUACAUUCUUGUUUCAGUAACAAGUGCAGUAACAGUGACUAUUGCUGGAGUUGUGAAGGAAGCUGUCACAAUACUGGUAGCUGUAUUUUACUUUCAUGAUGAAUUUACAUGGCUGAAAGGAGUUGGUCUUUUCACAAUCAUAUUUGGUGUGAGUCUAUUCAACUGGUACAAGUACCAAAAGUUACAAAAUAGAAUAGUAAGCGAAGAUGACACAGCAGAAUCUGGUGUCCCCGCAAAAUAUGUUAUUCUCGAGGAUACGGAGGACAUGGAUGAUGAGGAAAGUAGUCCCUGAUUGCUGGUUCAUCAUACUGUUACAUGCUCCAUUACAAAUGGAAAUAUAAUCUUGCAGCUGUUAUUUACCAACUCUACUUGUCAAAAGGAGCUUUUGAUGAUUAGCACAAAUGGUUCUCGUUCUCUUGUUCAAAGCUCGUUAUGAUUUGCAAAUGUACCCAUAACGAAAAUGCGGGAAAGGACUGGUAAUACGAGUACGAACCCUAAAUCAGUAAUAGCCAUUUUGCUUCUCUAGAUCCUAUGCAUAUUCCGGGGUUCAUUCUCUAGUUUCGUUGUUGGUGAAUAAGUAUCUACUUACAAACAUACCCUUGUUGUUUUUGGUGUAAAUGCCCCUGCAUGGUGAGUGG